AUGGGCAAGUCAGCUUCCAAGCUGUUUAAUAAUGAGGUCCUAAAGGCCCACAACAAGUACCAGCAGCAGCAUGGUGUCCCUCAACUGAAGCUCUGCAAGAAGCUUGAUUGGGAGGCUCAGCAUUAUUCAGAGGCCCUGGUCAGCCCAAGGAUGCUCAAGUGCAGCUCAGAGUCCCAUUGUGGCCAUUCAGAGGUAUAUGCCUCCUGUGAUCAGACAGGAAAAGAGAUGGCUGAUAGAUGGUACAGUGAAAUCAAGAACUACAACUUUCAGCAGCCUGACUUCACCUCCAGGACUAGACCCUUCAUAGCCAUGGUAUGGAAGAAUACAAAGAAGAUGGGAGUGGGGAAGCCACCUGCAAGUGGUGGGUCUUCCUUCCUGGUGGCCUGA